AAUCUUUAUCCUCCUAACCGGGCGGCUUUUUGGAUAUCUUGGGCUGCGGCGGAGACGGCAGCGGUGGAAAAAACUUCACAUGUAGACUAGAAUAGAAGUUAGGACUCAAAUAGCUCCUAUCAAACUGCGACAAUCCCAAUAAAUGUAUCUAAUUCCCGCAAUUUGCACUAAAACCCUACAGAAAGCCGACAUUCUUUCUUUAGUCUCCACUCUCCGUGACUAAAUAUGGAGUCCAAAUGCAUUUUGGAAAAGUCGUCGGUCGGGACAAGCGUCGGCGGUGUCGUGGACUUCAACUACCGGCCGGGUCGCUACAACAGCCGGGUCCCAGCGGUGGCAAAAAGCAGCUUCACAGCGGGGCCCAUCUUUUACAAAUGCGUAACGGACGGAGGCUCGACGGCGACGGUUAAAAACGAGCGAACUUCGUCCGUCGGUAGCGGGCACUCACCGGGCGUUGGAAUAUUACAAAACGUGGAAAAAACAGCCGUCAGAGACCAAAAAGACAUUGGUUCCACUGGGAUCCUGAAGAGGGCCAGUCCUACCCUCUGCUUUGGCAUGGGCAGGCAGUUGCCAGGCAGCUCCAUAAGUUUGGACAUCAGAAACCCAGGAAAACAGGCAGAGCUGGCCAACAGCUUCAGGCCAGCACAGGGGCAAAAUGUCCCACAGGCGGAGAUACAACCCCUUCCCUCCUCCCACAUCCCAGUCCCCAGAAACAGGAAUCCCUCAGGUCAUGCCGAUAAGGAGGUGAUGGCUGCCACCGUCUUGACCUCACUGUCCACAUCCCCCUUGGUGCUCUAUCCUUCCUCUGUGCCUACAGAGCAAGCCAGCAAAACAUGGAAAGAGGUGCUUUCUGCGAGUUACAGCAGCUCGACGAGCGGCAACUGGAGCUGGGAUGCCAGUGACCAAUCAGUGCCCUCCACACCGUCCCCACCACUUUCCAAAGAUGCCAACACGGGCUUCCUGCACUCGACCCAGGGAGAUGAUGCCAGUGAGGAUGUUUCAGAGAGCACACAUUUUAUGUUUGAGGACCCCAUCCCUCGAAAGCGAAAGAACUCCAUGAAGGUGAUGUUUAAGUGCUUGUGGAAGAACUGCGAAAAGGUCCUCAGCACCUCCUCAGGGAUCCAGCGACAUAUCCGCACCGUCCACCUGGGGCGAAACAGCGACUCAGAUUACAGCGAUGGAGAGGAGGAUUUUUAUUACUCAGAGAUUGAAGUCAACAUGGACAGCCUGACGGAGGGUUUGUCCAGCCUCACACCUACCUCCCCCACCACGGCCGGCCCUCCGCCCAUCUUCCCCCCUCCACUGAGCGAUGUGUCCCGCUCUGAGUACGUCGGCGUGAACGGUUCACAGAGUCACACCUCGUCGCUGCUCAGUCAGUCGGCACCCUCCACACUCUGCCACAUCCGCACUGACCAUGCCUACCAGGCCACCGCUCCAGUGAGUAUCCCAGUGGGUCCUGAGCUGGCUGGGAUAGGCAGUGGUAAUGGGAUCGGGCCUGGAACUGGAACAGGGACUGGGAAUGGCAUCAGUGUGUCUUGGCAGCAGCCCCCUCCUGUCAUUUUUAAAGGCACCCCGGGCCCUGUGACACAUGUUCGCACUGUUUGCAUUGGUGAAAAGCGGCAGCCGGCGAUCAGCACGCACGCCACCGUUAACAAGAACCAUGCUUUAGUAACGCCAGCAACUAAAUCGGCAGCAGGAACCAGGAAACCCCGUGGGGAAGCUAAGAAGUGCCGAAAGGUAUACGGCAUGGAGAAGAGAGACAUGUGGUGCACAGCCUGUCGAUGGAAAAAAGCCUGUCAGAGAUUCACCGACUAAUACAGUUGCCUUCCCCUGCUUGUGGGAGACGAGCUCCUCCUCGCUCGGAGUGACAGCGAGGUUGACAUUUUUUUUUCCACGAAGAGAUGAGGGCAAGGUUCUCAAUGCUGCUUCCUCUGGGCCAGCAGGGGAAAGGGUUGCCUUAUCUCCUUUCAGUUUCCAAACACAAUGAGAAUAUCAAAACAACACACAAAGAGAAAAAAAUAACUUUAUCCAGAUCUGGAGACUUUUCUUAGACUGGGACAUAUUCACUCACAGUUAAAUAAGGAAAACAAAACAAAUUGGAUGCUGAUCAGAUUCUUUUAUUUCCCACUUGCUUCACUUCAAAGCAAUGAAUGAAGAGUACAGAUAAGCUUUUUGUUAUACCCUGUCAUUCAUCGUAAGAGCACUAUGUAAGCUACUUUUUGUUUGAUGGGUUGUGGCUCUUUUCCGAGGUUAAAUGGUUAAAAUCACGUGCUAAGUGAAAUCACAGUCGCAGAUCAGUUUCUCAGGGCCACCUUUUAGGGGUCUUCAUCAAAUCUGCCAAAUUCUCAACUUACAGUCAUGAGUUUUAGAUUAAGAUGUAACAACACUGUUCUGCCUUUUUACUGGAAAAUAUAGACUGCAAAUCUGAAUACAUAGAAUUUUAGGAUCAAACAACUUCGUUACUCUAAUUAAGAACAACUUUUUACAUCUGCAAAACUGCACUAAAUCAUUCACAAGUGGUACAAAACGUUCUCAUUUGAUGUCCCAAAAUAUUUUAGAAAAAUGCACAGUUUAUAAAGUACAUAUAUGUAUAGAUAUGCCCAUAUCUUGUUAUGCACCCUUCAGAGAUAAGUUGUCUUCUAAAGUAGCACUGUAACCCGAGUUUGCCUGAGAGAGUUGAUAUCUAUUUCCUGUAUAGUUUAUUUUCAGCAGUAAGCUGCUGAAUCAACUUGCAAUUGCAUUGUGCAAUCAGAGGAUCGACAGCAUUUAAUAAUUUUUCUUUCUCUCUCGUUAUCAGUCACAAUUGAAGCAAAAGGCUAUUUUUUAACAGCUGAUGUUCUUAAAGAUAUCUUUUACCAUGCUAUGUGAACUGUAACCGCUCUUUGACAUUUUGAACUUGAUAGUUUGACGGAUGAUGAUAAUAGUGUAUGCAGGGAGAACACAUAGAGACUGCAUUCUCACAAUCUUAACUUAAAUACAUCCAUCUCUCACAGUUUUCUAAGAUAAAUUACCUUGAAAGUUUUAGAAUAAUGACGCACCGAUAUAAGGUUUGGUCUCCAAACUUCAGUUUUUGUAAAGCUUUGACCUGUCGAUGCAAAGUUUAGAUUUCAAUUCCCUCUAAAAUUUUAAUUAAGAAACAUGAAAAUAUGUCUAUAUACUUAUUCCUGUAAGCUGUCUUUAGAGUUGUACUAACUAAAAACAAAGUUAAACUGAUUUGACAUUGGUAUUUUAUACAUUUUUUUUUUUUUUUUUUUUGCAUAUUAUAUUAAUGAUAAUCAGUCUUUUUGUGUAUUUCCUUGAAAAUGGAGACCAUUACCUUAACUCUGCAAUUUUUAAAACAUUUUUAAAGCUAUCACAUUAUCAUCAUGUCAUCAGUGCAACAUGGUUGCAGUUGCAUAAAUUCUAUGAAAUUGUCAAAUUCCAGUAAUCAUCCAGCUAUCUAUGAGAAUACCUGUUUAUGAGCAUUUAAUCAGUUGUAAAUACCAAACUAAACUUAGCAGGGAGCCAAGGCUGUCCUAUUUUUUUUUUUUAAAUAUAUAUUUAAUCCUUGAAGAAAGCAAGUAAGAAUUGAGUCUUUGCAAAUCAGGGAGCCCUUGAUUUAUGUAGAAGCAAACCUAGCAAGAAUCUUUCUUUUUUUGUGUGUGUGGGCCAAAAGGAGUCUUACUUAUUUAGAAUAAACAUAUUGAGGUCAGACUGAGGCCGGGAUAAAAAAAACUGUAGGUGUGCUACAGAUGGUGGAAGUACUUGUAAUCUGUACCUAUAAAAGUAGUUGACUUUAGAGCCCAUUUUGUUACCUGAUAAAUUUUUUUUAUAAAAAAUACAGGGCAAAGAAAAAAAGUAACUUUUUAAUCUUAAAAAUUAAAUGCUGUCCACCUCUUUAAAAUGUAGUUUUUUCAAAUUUUACAUUUCCAAAGUAAAAGAAAAAAAAGCACUUACGAUUGGUGUACUUGCAAAGAUAGGAAAUCUUUUGAUGAGAGAAAAAUUCAAACAAAAAAAGUUGGUUGCCACUUAGAUCUUUUGAAAGUAUUUAGUCCAUUAUUAGUAAAUUUUGUAAAUUUCCUCAGUUGACUUAGUUUUCAACUUGUGUAUGAAAAAAAUCUCUACCUUUUUAUUUUUCUUUUCUUGAAAAUGAUAUGUUAAUUCUGAGGAUAAACAUUAGCUUAACUAUUUAUUCCUAUUGUCCUAGAUCUUAAAGUAGCCCCAUACGGCUUUAAACUCUAGAAAUUUCUGACUACCUUUCCCCCUCAUCUUUUGACCUUUGAUUUUUUUUUUUUUCUUUUUCACAUUUGCAGAGAUAUUAUGUCAGUAGGUGUGAAUUCAUAAAGAGAUGUAUGCUGUACAUUGGCCUCCUUCUCACAAAUUCUGCUGCAUGUUUUUAAUUCAUCAACCUGAUCAGAUCUCACAGAAGACGUUUUCUUUGUUUGACACAUAUUUGAGUCAGAAGCAUAAAACCUCUCGUCUCCGUGAAAACAUUUGUGUUGUUUUCUAGCAUCGGCAUGUCAGAUGUGCUACAAGAAGGAAAAAAGAAAAAGACCUGUAUUGAUGAGAGCUAAAGAAAACAUUAAGCAGACAUUGUCACCAUCACAGUUCAAGCCUUCAUGAUGCUCCGUUUAAAUUUUUUAUAUAUCGGUAUGUUCCAGAUAAGCUAGGUCAACAGGCCUCUUCCAGUCACCAAAUUCACCAAGUGCCAAUAAAAGUUAAAACAUAAAGGAAAGGGUAUUAUGACCUUUAAAGAAAUUGCACUACGCUGUACUGCGCAUAGACAUGUUUUUUAUACAUGAACGUUUUGUAUUUACAGAUUUUUAAGUGGAAAGGUCGUUUUUUUUUUCGUUUUUUUUCCGAUGGGUCUGGAGGGAUCCAUUCACAGGCUGACAGUGGGGAAAUAAAGGGGGCCGAGCACCCCUCCCAGGGGCUUUCCCCAUUAAUGGCAAGUGAUCUUGACAGCUACAGUCUCGUGCUCGGUGUCAGAUGUUGUACCUAACACUGUAGUACCGACAGUUGGAGAUGUGUGGUACUUGGCGGUCGUCGAUCUCUUUGCCUUUCGUAGGAUGAGCGCCAUGGACUGGAAACGGUUCCAGCCUUAUUGCAGUGAUGGGGAAACACCAGUUUCAGUACAUAGCCACAUGUUAUCAUCUCGAUAACAGAAGAUGCUUUAAAGUGUUCAUUGCCUGGAGGGUUUUUUUUCCCCUCGCAUUGUUCACAUGCUUUUUAAACACACUGCUGCAAAUUUGCUCUUCCUUUCAUUUAAAAAAAUAAAAAAAGCUCCUGCUUCUUGACAUUUUACUAAGAUAAUGUAUUUCAUUUAUGUACAUACGAUUAUUAGUGCUGGAUACCACUUUUUUGUUCAGUACAUUUGGUUUGGUUGAUAAGAGUAUGAAAAGCCACUCAUUAGGUCUCUCCAUCCCGUAUGUAAACACCAGCAGGUCCGUGUACCGAGAGCUUCGGUUGGCAGAGAAUGGGACCCAUUUAGAGGAGACGGGGCUUUUAUCCCCACUGUCCCAUAUAGUGGCGGUUUUUGUCAUGAGCAAUGUGGCUCACUGCCCAGAACACCACAGCUUGGGGCCAGCCUGAAGAUUAAUUUUUUUUUUUUCAUUUGUGUUUCAAACAAGUUUUUACUUGCGUUCAGAGUUGUAAAUAUGGCUGAACACUGCGGCAGGCUGAAGUUGCUCUUUGAUUUACAAAAUCCACUGUGGUGCUGUUGAAAGGGCUAUUUCACAGGAGGUUUUUUUCAGAAAUUGGGACUACAUUUGAUUAUCACUUGUUUAAUACCUAUGAUUCUUAGACUGGACUGAAUUAUGCUAUACUGCACAGAAAUUCUUAAAAAAUAAACAUUGAGAUCUUUGAAACUUUUACUCUAUUUGUUAAAACACACCAGAGAACUCUUAUUGCUCUCUUGGCAUUAGGACCACCUAAAGCUAUUGUUGGCCGCCAUUUAAGCAAAAGUGCCACUGGAUUGUCCCAUGUUGAAAUUGGCCCCAUUAUCUAUGCGUUUAACAAUUUAGCUUGGAACUCUAUUUUUAAUAACUUUUUUAUCCUCAAGGAUCACUCGUUCUUAAACUAGAGAUGCACCAAUCAAAUAGCCAGAGAUAAUAAUAUACCAAUUUUUGCUUAAUUGGCUGUGUUACAUCUAUUUUAUUCCACAUGUUUUAAGAAGUUUCAUCAUUUCUUGGCUACAAAUGUAUAUCAUCUUGUAUUUCACUGAUUCUCUGUUUAAAACUACAACUUCUAUCAAAAACCAUGUACCACGUUUUUUAUGUGCAGUGAAAAAACAGUUUUGAUCAAAAUCGAACUCAGCAGGUCCGAUCCUCAAAAGAAAUCGGACAUCGCUAUUGUCCACGAAAUAUCUGAUCGGUGCUCCUCUAGUUUAAAUUCAAGUUUACUUUCAACAAUGUAUUCUCCUUAGAAAUCAGUGGAUGGAGAUUGACACUAACUGCUGACGGGUGUGCGGGAAACAGCAAAGUUCACACACAACAUACGGUAACAUUUGCAGUUUCAGGGCCUUGUUGUACAUAAACAAGAUAAAGAGUUCUGUGAGGCUUUGUCACUUGUUGUUAUGUUGUAUCUUUGUUAUUCAAAAAGGAAACUUUCUUCUUUUUUUUUACAUUACUGUUGCUCAGAAUAUAUGUUUUUUCUUUCACUUUGAGGCAAUUGCAAACCUAUAGUGAACUGAUUCAAUGUAUAUUGUAGUUUAGUGGCAAAGGGGAGAAAAAAUGACAACCUGUUGAAUGUACAACUUAUAGAAAUUCAUUUUGUUGUUUUCGUGUAGUUGUUGGCUAGCUUAGCCAUUUUGAGAAAUUGUUGUGCGUCCUUAUUUUGUUUUGCUUCUUAACGCCUAAAAAACAUCUGUCGCCACACUGAUGAAUCAUAUGGAAUAACACAACCAUGCAGUAUUGCUUUACUAUCUUUGUGCAAUGACUAUUUACAGCGGAACAAAAAUUUUCAUGCCUUUUGGUGACAUUUAUGAUCCACUUUUAUCAUUUUGUCCUCUAUAUUCGGCCAACUGGGUCAUUUCGUGUGAGUUUGUGUACUGUUUGUUGUCAUGAAUGUUGUUUGUGGUUGUGACAUGAAGUUGUCCUCACGUCAGGAUCGCUUUCAACCUUUUUGGUCACAAUGGAAAUUGUUACCUUUUGGGGCGUCUUUAUCCUGCCCUGCGCAUUCCAACAGACAGCAUGCUGUUAGUGUCUUUCCCCGCUUCUCCUUUCACCGCAGCAAUUCCUUUUUGUGUGCUAUUCAGCUUCACUGUGGUUCCACCCAAGCCUUUAGCCAGUACAUUAAGCUAAACUAAACCCUUGAAAUGUGCAUCAAAAAAGCCUCUUUGUUCUCUUACCAAAUACGUCAAAAUUGAUGUGCUGCUUUCCUGAAUGUCAGUUUUCAUUUUGUUCACUAAAGAGCAGCAGCAAAAAACAAUAUAUAUAUUUGUUCAAAAUCACAUGUAUUUCAUUGCAAUGGCAGCUCCACACCUCCCUCUCCUGUGCUUGUAUUGUUUGUCCAGGCGUUUGUCAAACCCCAUCCUCUGAUGACCAUUUUUCUUCAGUGCUGUUGUGUUUUUUACUGAGCCUUACGCUUUUAUUUUUCUCCCAUCGAUUGUCUGAUUGAGUUUGACGACGUUGUGCAUGUUUAGCAUUGCUCAUUCUUUUCAUAUUCUUUAUUUUUGUGUGUAUGUUAGGAGAUACAACACUGAAGGGUUUUGUGUUAGAUUUCCCCUCUCAGUAUCCAGGAACUCAAGGCUGAUGGUGGAAGCAAACAUACUAGGAGCACCCUGACUAUGCUCAGUGCUGAAAGAGUUUUUGGUGGGAAUGUGACAUCAGCCUUUGGGUCUUCACUGGAGGCCAAGAUUUCUCCUGUUUUUGGGUGGGCUCUGCUUCUGGUCUCCAUCAGCAGGCCCACACACACACACGGAGAAAGCACUUUCUGAGCAGUGGUGCACUCAAGGAGUACUCGUAUGAAUGUCAAGCCUUUGACUUGUGCUUGAAAAGAUGGAUGAACAUGUAUGAUGCUUAUAAUGUGAUCUGUGUGAUGUAAUGUGACGGUAAAGAAAAAAUAAACCUGAAUGGAAGA